AUGGUUGUGAAUUGGGCCCCUCGUGCACCCGGGUGGACAUCAAUGACUGCCUUGGACCAAGCAAGUCGCGAAGGGGGCUGGAUUAUGGUGGAUGACCCCGACGUUGAGGUCAAUGUCACCGAUGAUAAGUUCUUCUUGGGCCUCCUCCAACCAGGGGAAAGCUGCACUAGACAUGUUUCAAUUGAAUUUUCCGAUUUGCAUCCCGCUACAGUGGUCGGGGACACCUAUCGAUACCAGUAUUGGGGUGGCUACAUUGACUGGUGGACUUGGGGGGAUCGGGAAGAAUAUGCCAAUACAGUGGUGAAAUUGCGAUGCUGGCUGAAUGCUUAUGUUGUUGACCCUGUUGAUAACGACGGAAGACCGGUUAUAAUGAUUGCCUCAUCUAACGCAGUCGAGUUCACUGUUGUUGAUUGA